AACGACUCUCCAGGCCCAAAUUCAAAGCCUUUGGCCCAACAAGUUAGAUACAGCCAUUGGGAGGCGGUGGAGGCUACAGACUAUACCAACAAUGAACUUGGGGGAGGAGUAAAGAUUCGAACUUUUUUCCUCUUUCUCCACAUCUUUGGAAAGAAACAGAGAAUGGAUCCAAUAGAGGAGGAGGAGAAGAAGGUGAGAGAGAGAAUCAGAAACAAAGUCAACCAAGUCAGUUCUGUCUCGCAGUCUCUUCUCUCUCCAUUACAAGACCACAUCAACUUCACCCUUCAGAAAGCUUACUUCAAAUGUGCGUACGAGUGCUUUGAUAGGACAAGAACACACGCUGAGAUUAGCCAAUGCGCAGAGACUUGCAGUGUUCCUAUUACAAAUGCGCAGAAUCAUUUUGAUAAUGAGAUGUCUGCCUUCCAAGAGAGGUUGAAUAGAUCACUUGUGGCUUGUCAAGAUAAGUUUGAGGCUGCGAAGCUCCAGAGGACGAGGAAUGAAGCUGUAGUUGGUUUGGAGCAGUGCGUGAACCAAACCGUUGACGAUGCUGUGAAGACGCUGCCUAGUCUCGUGUCAAAGAUGAAGAAAGCUUUGUCUGUAUCAGACUGAGGAGCUCUGCAGAUUCUAUUAUUUUUAUCGUGACCAAGAAAGACUUUCUAAUUCUAUUAUUUUUAUCUAUUGUUAAUAUUUUUGAACUCAACUCGGCCAAAAUGCAAUAUCAACUUCUUCAGAUUCUUUUUAUUUCAGCUCUUAUUAAACU